AACAUUUUUGAUAAAAUGUUUCUAAGUUUAUAAUAUUGACCAAUAAUUUAACUGCAACAGUGAUAGAAAUUUGCAGCAUGGCGGAUGCUGAUUCUCUGUAUGACAUGAGCUCAGAUCAAGAGCAAGAUCUGAGCGCUGCAGAUGCAGAUGUUGAGGAAGACGAAGCGUCUGAACAAGGGAGAUUAGAUGUAGCAUCCAGGAAGAAACAUAAAAAAUAUUUAAAGAAAAGAAAGCAUAAGGAUAUAGAAAGAUCAAGUGGGGAUUCAGAUGGUCAGAUGAUGAAUGAUGAUGAUGAAACACAUAUCCCUAAUGCCAAUAGAUUGCCUGUCAUCUCAAGCAAAUCAGAUCAAACUUCAGGAAUGGAGGCUGAUUCCGAGAGUCAAGGAUCAGGAUCUAAAGGUUCAGGAGAAGGGAAGAGAGAUAUAGAGAAUGAUGAAGUUCUUAUGAAUGCUGGUGGAGCAUCUGGUCCUAUUUCAGAAAAUGCACCUGAUCCGUCGACUUUGAAACUUCAAAGAAUCCAGAAAGCAGUAGAAUUGUUGACCCUUUCCUCACAAGGAGCACCAAAAAGCAUGGAAGAGGCAAGCAAGAAGAGGUACCAGUUUUGGGAAACACAACCUGUUCCUAAAAUAAAUGAGAAAAUCCAGGCCUCAGAAAACCAAGAGAUAGAAACUGACAAACCAACUGAGGAAAUCCGACAGGAUCCAUACUCAUUACCAGGAGGUUUCCAGUGGGAUACACUAGAUCUCAAUGAUCCUUUAAUUUUAAAAGAAUUGUACACAUUACUGAAUGAGAAUUAUGUAGAAGAUGAUGACAACAUGUUUAGGUUUGAUUACUCACCAGAAUUCUUACAAUGGGCAUUACAGCCUCCUGGUUGGAGAAAAGAUUGGCAUUGUGGUGUACGAGCUUUGAAGAGUGCAAAACUUGUAGGAUUUAUCAGUGCUGUUCCAGCAAAUAUUAAAAUAUAUGAAAGAACAAAACAUUUAGUAGAAAUCAAUUUUUUGUGUGUUCACAAGAAGUUACGAUCAAAGAGAGUGGCUCCUGUGUUGAUUAGAGAGAUUACCAGACGUGUACAUACACAUGGCUUAUUUCAAGCUGUUUACACAGCUGGUGUAGUACUUCCAAAACCGGUGGCAUGUUGUAGAUAUUGGCAUAGAUCAUUAAAUCCUAGGAAAUUAAUUGAAGUAAAGUUUUCACAUUUAAGUAGGAAUAUGACAAUGCAAAGAACAUUAAAGCUUUACAAGUUACCUGAUGCUCCCAAAACUCCUGGUUUUAGGAAGUUUACACCAACAGAUGUUCCUGAAGCUUAUAAAUGUUUGAAAAAGUAUUUACUGAAGUUUGAUUUGGCACCUUUAUUUACAGAAGAAGAAUUUAGACAUUGGUUUAUACCUAGACCUGGAAUAAUUGAUUCUUUUGUAGUUGAGAGACAUGGUGAGGUGACAGACUUUGUUAGUUUUUAUACUCUGCCAUCUACUGUAGUCCACCAUCCUGUUCAUAAGACAUUGAAAGCUGCCUACUCAUUUUAUAAUGUCAGUGGUAAGACACCAUGGUUUGACCUGAUGCAGGAUGCACUUAUAAUAGCUAAGACAAUGGGGUUUGAUGUUUUUAAUGCCUUAGAUUUAAUGGAUAACAAACAGUUUUUAGAGAAGUUAAAGUUUGGAAUUGGAGAUGGAAACUUACAAUACUAUUUAUAUAACUGGAAAUGUCCACAGAUGAAUCCAGAAAAGAUUGGUCUAGUUCUUCACUAGCAUUAACCAGUAGAAGUCAUAUGUCCUGUGAUUUAGAACUUUAAGAACUCCUGAAGUAGAUCUGAUUUACUUACAGAAUCAAACCAGUUGUGCAUUUCAUUGCUUCAAAAUACUUGUGAAAGAAAGGUGAAAUAGGAGAUACAAAAACAUGUGUUGUGUUUGUUUUUAUUCUGAUAUUAAAAUGUUAGUUUCUAUUGAAAUUGUGUGAAGAAGUAAAGGUGAUCACGCUUGAAUAAGAGUUUUCCACAAGUAUUUAGUUACUUUAUUACUGAUGUUAAGUGUGUGUGUUGAAAAGAAAGGGAAAGUUAUUGAAUGGAUUAAUGAAGUCUCCUGUUACAUCUUUCACAUAAAAUGGCUAUAAAAUGAAGUCUCCCUUUACAUCUUUUUCAUGUUUUUCAUUGAAUGACUUAAUGAAGUCUCCCAUUACAUCUUUUAUAUUUAAUAUUAGUGAAAGUCAGAUAUGGUUGUACAAGGUUGAUAAUUGUUUAGGAAGUAUUGUUUUUGUAUGUAUUAAGCAUUACAAAUCAUGUCACCCAAUCAUUUGCAAGCAUUAUAUAACUAGUAAUACAUAUUGUUUGGGAAAGGUACAUAUAAGUUUGUCUUAUAUCACAUAUAUCAGAUGUAAAUGGUAUU